CCACCCCUCUCCUCUCUCUCUCAUCGCCCACAGACACCAUAUAUAGGACCUACGAUAAAAAAAACUACUAUAUAACCCUAACAUCAAUACCAACCCAAAACCCCUCCUCCUUUCUUUCUCUCUUCAUUCCUAAAACAAAAUCUCUUUCAAAAUAUCAAAAUCUCAUUAAAACCCUAAAUACUAUUCGUCAUAUUACUGAUUUGAUUAAAUUUAGUUACAGUUUUAAAACUUCUAGUAUAACUAUAAACGAAUCGAAGUGACAAAGGCUGAACAAAAAAUGCCUCCAAAUCCACCAAAGUCUUCUAUGCUAGUCCACCGGAUCAACCACACCACUACCACCGGUGGUGCGGCCACUGUCACCGGAUGCAAUCAUCUUAAGAAGAAUUCUUCACCGGCCGUCGUCAUCCCUGACGCUGUGGCGAGAUACCACACGCAUGCUGUAGCGGCGAACCAGUGCUGCUCAGCGGUGGUGCAGGAGAUUGCCGCGCCGGUUUCCGCCGUAUGGUCCGUCGUCCGCCGCUUUGACAACCCCCAGGCCUACAAGCACUUCGUGAAGAGCUGCCACGUAAUCGGCGGCGAUGGCGCCGUAGGUACAGUCCGUGAGGUCCACGUCAUCUCCGGCCUCCCCGCUGGCCGGAGCACCGAGAGACUCGAGAUCCUCGACGAAGAAGAGCACGUCCUCAGCUUUAGCGUCGUCGGCGGCGACCACCGCCUCGCGAACUACCGAUCCGUUACUACGCUUCAUUCCUCCGGCGGCGGAGAUUCCUCCGGCUCCGGCACGGUGGUUGUGGAAUCUUACGUGGUGGAUGUGCCUCCGGGGAACACAAAAGAAGACACGUGCGUUUUUGUGGACACAAUUGUAAAAUGCAACCUUCAAUCUUUGGCGCAUAUCGCUGAGAAUUUAACAAGACGAAACUGCAUCAACAACAAUAACACCAAGUUCUGUACCUAAUUUCUUUUUUUUUUCCCCUUAAUUUUUAAUUUUUGCAUUUUUAAUUUAUAGUAGUUCUAUUAUAACUAAGAUAUAAAUAUUUAUGUGUCUAUAUAUUAUAUAUAUUCGGACUUAACACAUUUUGCUUGGGUUAGUUAGGGGGUGGGAUAUUAUUAUUUCUUGUUACAGCUAAGUUGGUGAUGACUCUCUAUAAAGUAUAAUCCCCUAACAUUAUUGCUACAUGUAAAGUUGAUGAUCUACAAAAUCAACCAAUUUUGGGUUGGUGUAAUUGUUGAUUAAGUGUUAUGAUGAAAUAAUAUGAAUAUAAUUUGUGAA